CGGAUAUAUGCGGACGGAAGAAUACUUAUAAAUCAAGUGAUUUUUAUCAUUUCAUUUAAUAAACGUAUGUAAUUAACACAAUUACAAAAUGUAUAAAAACGAUUUUCGUCAGUUAAAUAUGAAACAUAUUUAAAUGGAUUUAGUUUUUAACUUAAACGUUCUGAUAAUCAUUUAUACUGUUCAAGCUUAUGACGAGCCGGUUGGUUAUAUAGGCUGUUUUGAUGACGGUGGGGGCCAGCAACUUCCAAUACGUUUAAAAUCGUCUGAUACCAACAGCGGCGAUGAGUGUAAACAACGUUGCAAAGGAUAUCGUUAUGCUGGAACAAAGGCUGCAAACCAGUGUCACUGUGGUACAACAUUAAUGAACACCCGGACUGGAACAAGGUGUACACUAAAAUGUACUGGGAACCAGAAUGAAAUAUGUGGUGGUGUAUCACAUAUUUCAAUAUACGAUAAUUGGAAUUGUGUCAAGCAGCCAUGUGGAAACAAUGCAAUAAAAUGUACUGAUAAUUCUGCGAGUGAUUAUGUUUGUACAUGUAGAGAAGGAUGGACGGGACGUAACUGUUCAGAAGGUCAGUUGCUUUGUCUUGAUAAUUGAAAUUAAUUGCACUUA